CUGCCUGGACGUCUCUCCCUAACUUCGCUUUCCGUGCCUCGUCACAAAUACCAGGCCUGUUCCUCGUUUUUUCUCUGAACACCGGGGAACGCGUCUUUCUGAAGUCGUUCUAUGAUUAUGAGAUAUUGAUGGGUUUUUUUAAAGAAAGAGCCAAAACAAAGAGAGGACAAACAGACUGAAACAUCUGUAUGGUCACCUGAACCCGUCAGUCACUUUUCUCGGAAAUUAUCGGCCUGUGUUGGGCCGAGGGGAAGAGGUUGGAGUUCAGGCAAACACAGCCGUGCCUUCUCCCGCAGUGCAAAUACAGCAGAGAGCGUUACAGCUGACAGAAACCCAGUGGACUUUGCAAUGAUGAGACGUUGUCUCUUCUUCAUUGCCGUUUGCCAUGGGGUGCUCGGUGACGUCGUUCAGCUGGAGAAAAUGUAUGGGCGGAUUGCAUCCCCUGAUUUCCCCAACGUAUACCCCAACAGCAAGGAGAGGACGUGGAAUAUCACCGUGCCUCGUGGCUACGCCGUCCGCAUCUACUUCACCCACUUCAACAUGGAGUUGUCUUACCAGUGUGAAUAUGACUACGUAAAGCUGCGUUCAGGAGGAGAGCUCUUGGCCAGUUUGUGUGGACAUCAGAGCACAGACACCGAGGAAGCCCCCGAGGAGAAGCCGUACUACUCAGCUGGAAACAACCUGGCAGUGACCUUCAGGUCGGACUACUCCAAUGAGAAGGAAUUCACUGGCUUCGAGGCUUUCUUUGCUGCUGAAGACAUCGACGAGUGCAAACAGCUCAUCGACGGAGAGCCUCUCUGCGAACAGCAUUGCCACAACUACCUGGGUGGAUUUUACUGCAGCUGCCGAGUCGGCUACCUGCUGCACAGAAACAAGAGGACCUGCACAGCGGACUGCCCAGAUAAGGUGCUGACGGCAAGAUCUGGCGAGAUCACCAGCCCAGAUUACCCUGAUCCGUACCCCAAGUUCUCCAACUGCCGCUACAGCAUCCAGGUGGAAGAGGGCUUCGUAGUCACCCUGGAAUUUGUGGAAACCUUUGAUGUAGAGACCCACCCGGAGGUGCUGUGCCCCUACGACAUCCUUAAGGUUAACACACCCAAGCAAGGCUUCGGCCCAUUCUGCGGGAACACCCUCCCUCCGAGAGUUGACACACACAGCCACAACGUGGAGAUCCAGUUCACCACGGACCUUUCUGGAGUUCACACUGGAUGGAAGAUCAGAUACAACACCACAAGUAUCCCAUGUCCCAACCCUGAAGCGCCACCCCAUGGCCAGAUCCAUCCAGUGCAAGCAAAAUACAUUAUGAAAGAGUCCUAUAGUCUGUCCUGCGAAACUGGCUAUGUCCUCUUGGAAAAUGAGCGGAUUGUGAAAUCCUUCACAGCGGUAUGUCAAAAGGACGGUUCCUGGAACAAGCCGAUGGCUCAGUGCACCAUUGUUGACUGUGGUCCAGCGGAGGGCACAGCAAACGGCACACUCGCCUAUUCCACAACAGCAAUGGUUACCACCUACCAAGCUGAGAUUCAGUAUACAUGCGAGAGCCCCUUCUAUGCGCUGAAAGCUGGGCAUUCUGCUAACUUCCGCUGUGCUCCUGAUGGCUACUGGAAGAAUCACAGGGGAGAGAAAGCACCUCCCGUUUGCGAGCCAGUUUGCGGAGUCCAGACUGCAAACCAGCUGCAGCGCAUAUUUGGUGGAAAGAAAGCACGGCUAGGCCAGUUUCCCUGGCAAGUUCUGAUCAUCAGCCAACAAGGCGCAAUGGGGGCAGGUGCUCUCUUGUUUGACAACUGGGUUUUGACAGCGGCGCACGUCCUGAGCAAUCCAGCAGGGGCAUCUUCCCUGACCAUGAAAAUGGGGCUGCUGGACCCAAGAGCGCAGCACUACCAAGACCUCCAGGCUGAAUCUGUUUUUGUCCACGGAGGUUACACCGACAACGGAGUCGACUUUGACAACGAUAUUGCUUUAGUUAAACUGAACCACAAAGUCCCCAUUAAUGCUAACAUCACUCCUAUUUGCUUGCCAGAACAAAGCAGCAGAUUCCAGGUGAACACAAGCAACAUUGGAGUGGUUGCCGGCUGGGGCAAGACGGAGAAAAGGCUGCGGUCUCGCUUCCUGAUGUACACUGAGCUAGAAGUUGUUGACCCGGAUAAAUGUAAAGCUGCAUACGCAGACAAGAGUUUAGCAGGGAAGCCCCUAGUGUUGACAGAAAACAUGUUCUGUGCUGGAUACGACCAAGGGGGGAAAGAUUCCUGUGGUGGAGACAGCGGAGGGGCGCUGGCCUUUUUCGACCCUCAGGCCAGGAAGUGGUUUGUGGGUGGACUUGUGUCCUGGGGGUUGGAUUGUGGUGCUGCAGCACAGUAUGGCGUGUACACUAAAGUGGCCAACUACGCUGCAUGGAUCGAAGAAACCAUCACACUCAAUUCUUGACUGUGACUCUUGCUCCAUUUCAAUAAAACAAAGCUUAAAACGUU